UGUCUGAAAAGCCCAUUCUGCUCCUCAAUGCUGCCUGACCUGCUGUGCUUCUCCAGCACCACUCAGAGAUGUACCACACCGAAACAGAUAUUUCGGUCCAUACCAACCCGUUAUCCUAAUCUAAUCUAGUCCCAUUUGCCAGCACUUGGCCGAAAUCCCUCUAAUUGGCUUGAGUUGAUGUUAGUUAGACACGUUGUUUGACAAACCCCACACAUUAUCCCUGUCCAUUCACCCAAUCUGCCAUCGCCAUGUAGCAACAUGCAGUGGAUCCCCAUGUCAAUUCACCCUGAACUCCGAGGAAAAGAUGUACUUGAAUGAGGAAGAUGUACUUGAAUGGGCGGUAUGGAUCCAUACACCACUGCUAUGACAGAAGUCAUUUCGGACUCAAACACACUGUUUCCCCAGCUUGCUGAGUUUCAUGAGCAUUUUCUGUUUUCCAGCAUCAGCAGCAUUUGGCUUUUCUUGGGGAGCUGGUUAGAAUAAAUAUUAAGGGGAAACUCACGGGAGAUUGAAAAGGAUAAGAGGCGCUGGACAUUGCAUCUCUCUCAACUGCAUCUCUCUCACGGCGUUUCACACUCUUUCCCAAUCACCUCUGCUUUUGAUGCAGAACUACAUGAAGAAUAACUGAGAUGCUGUUCCUCACACGAGGAAGGUGCCACCAAAUCCCAUCCACUGGCAAUGUCCAUCUCCAGUGUGGAUUCAAUGAUUCCUUGCGGCCCUUGUUUAUUUCUCAUCACUCUCCGCCUCUCAGAACGAGCUGCCGAACAGCAACAAGUGACAAUUCCUUAGGAUUGCAGUGACCGCCCUACGUUCAGCAGCGCAGGAGAAUUGAAACUGAAAGCGGUUUGAAUCAGGAAGUGCUGACUGAGAACUUGGUUUCAAACAGCAGCUCCAGAGUUUCACCGAGGAGGUAGUUUGUCCCAUUUCUUUGGGUUUCUUCGCCGAUUCGGUUUCACUGUCCGUGUGGACACGACUUCUGCCGCUCCUGGUUACAAGGCGGAGUUGAGAAAAGCAGGAAAAGCAAGUACUCCUGCCCGAAACAUCGACAGGAGUUUCCGGACAGAAACUUCAGAGGCAGCUGGGUCUUGGUGAAACUGACCGAGAAAGCUGGAAAAUUAAACCUGAAUCCGCAAGAGAAGGAAAGUAACCAUCAGUGUGAGGAACAUCAGGAAGAGCUGAAGCUGUUUUGUGAAACUGACAAUUGUGUGUGAAUUAUAUAGAUUCCCGGGAUCACAGGGAAGACCGCUUCAUUCGGGUGAAAGAAGCUGUUGGAAUCUACAAGGAUCGGGUGAAGAAACCAGGGACCUUAGAAAUGGAACAGCAGCAAAAGGAGAUUUCACAAAACAGGGAGGAAACACGUCAAAAGAUGAGGACAGGCAAUGAAAUUAAUGAUCUGCCAUUAGAAGGUGACAUGAUGACCACUGGAAAAUUCACUGGUCCUUUACCACACACAGUUGAGAGAGAAAACCUGGAUACAUUCAAGCAUGUCUCUGUGACCUUAGAUAUGGAAACAGCAAGUCCCUGGCUUGAGGUGACUCAGGAUUUGAAGAGUUUACGAUGGACUCUAACAGGGAAAUGUCUCCCUGCCACUGCAAAAAGGUUUAAAAACUGUCCUGGUGUGCUGGGAUCAGAGGGAUUCAAGUCAGGGAGACAUUACUGGGAUGUGGAGGUGGCAGAGAAUCGGUGCUGGAAUCUGGGUGUAGCCACACAGUCUGUGGAGAGAAGGGACUGGUUCAGACUGAGUCUGAUGCCAGAGACUGGAUUUUGGACCAUUGGAUGGGAUAGGAAUCAGUUUCAUGUAAACUGCUCCUCUCGACUUCCUCUCCCUGAUGGUCAGAUCCCCAGGAAGGUGAGAGUUUGUCUCAACUAUAAAUCUGGGACAGUUUCAUUUUACAACACGGACACCAAGUCCCAUCUCCACACCUUCACUAGGAAUAAAUUCACUGAGAAACUUUAUCCUUUCUUCUGGACUUGGGAUGUUCACCAUUUUCUGAGAAUCUGCUCCAAUUCAGAUCUGGAGAAGGGGCGGGCCUCAGGCUGGAUGCAUCAUCCCUAAUUUCACAAUGAUCUGACUCCAGGAUCAGGAUUAGAGUCAGAGUAUGGGUGUUAAAUGCCAUCAUUGACAACAAGUUGUCAUUAAAUAACCAAAUUAUAAGUUAUAAAAUCCCAAUCUGACUGUAAAUUAAACCAAUACAAAUAUAAAUGUCAGAGGAUUAAAACAAUAAUUUUAAACCUACCAUUUUGUGCCUCUCUUUUCUUCAUUUACUGCCAGCUUCAGUCAAUCCCACCCAGUCCCAUCCUCCAUCUCUUCACCUGCUUCCCAUGUCUGGAACUGGGAUUUCAUCUUUGCUCCCAAUUUUCACUCUUUUGUUGAGAGCUAGAGAGAGAGAGAGAGAGAGCAAGAGAGAGAGAAAUUAUUUAUUUUAGAUAUAUGUUACUUUGGUAAAGUUUUUUAUAAAAGAAAUGACAAGGUCAGACUGUCCUUUCAGAGCAGUGACCUAAUCCUGUUAUUGUUGUGAGAAAUUGUUUAUGCUGUCGUGGUUUAUGCGAGGUAGAGUAAAUAUUGAAGGUCAUUAGUGCAUUUCACUUCAAGAUAAUCAAGGAUUGAUUUUAGUAUAGGCAUGUUUCGAGAUUGAAAAUUUUAGGGCAGUUCAAAGGACACCUGACUGUAGUCAAAAGCAAUGUAGAUUCUCUCCUAAAAAGGACUGUUUUUUUGGAGUGGCUAAGAGAAUAGGUUACCUCAGUAGAAGAGUUUAAGUUGUGCAACUUCCAGACCAGAAUUGUUCGGUUUUAAAUCUGAAAGUCAUUUGAAGUUGACUAAGGCUAAACUCUCAGUUUUGUGAAUAUUGAUCUAAGAAGACUUUCCAAGGUUUAUGGGACAGAAACUGAGGAGAAUCUGUUAAGUCAACUCAAAGAUUUGAGAUAGAGAUGUGGUGAAUUUAGAUGGAUUAGAAUUGCUGUAAAGUGGUGAUAUUGGGUAACCAGUUGAAACUUUGUUUUACUGAGUAUGUUAAGAUUUUCAUAACUGUUCUAUUUCUAGAUAGUUUGGGGUUUUUCUUCUGCUUUCAUCUUUUGUAUAAUAAACAUCUAUUCUGUUGUUAAAGAAACUGCUGCCUCAUGUGAUUAUGUUUCAGUGAAUGAUUACCAUGUUAACUAAAUUUAAAAAAAAAGGUCCAACAGACUAGCUUUCGUUAUAAUUUCUGACCUGUCCAGUAUUGCCAUUGGCUGGAAUCAUAGCAAGUCAAAGCUCUUGACCAGGAUUUGAAUUCAUUGAAUUUAAGAGGGACCUGUGUCUCUUUAAAAUAAACUAGUACUUGAAAGUUUCAAAGACAACACAGGAGUGUUGCGAAGGGGUUCAUAGCAUGGUUUGGAUUUUUAAAAUGACUUUGAAUGCUGCUGAGAGUUUUCACAGAGUGGAAGACUUAGUAGUGAGUUAUUUAAACUUGUUGAAUAAAGUUCAAGUGAGAGGUAGCAGAUCAAUUGAAGGUAGAAGUAAAAACAGGAUCCCAUAAGGAGAUGUCGAAGAUGAUUAUCCAAAAUUUAGAAUGAGAAGAUGGAAAACACAAGUUCUGACGUCACAGCUGGGAUUAGCUAAGGUACAGUUAAAAAUGAAAAAUCUUAAUUUUGAGAGGGGGGAAAGAGAAUCUUUUAUUAAAAAAUUGAUUUGGAGGGAAAAAGAGAGAAAGAAAAAUAAAAAUAUAUGAACUGGAAGAAGAAAGAGAAUUGGA